AUGACACGCGUGGCCAAACGAGCUCCCAAGAAGCCUGCUGGAGACGGGCCGCCUGUGCCGGGCAAGCCGCCCGUUUACGACAAGGACAAGAGGAACCGGCGGUUCUGGCUGGUCAAGAGCGAGCCAAUGCCUCGCGUGGACGCCAAGACGGGCAAGACGGUCAAGUUCUCGAUCUACGAUUUGGCACAGGUCCCGGCUGAGCCGUGGGACGGCGUGCGCAACUACGAGGCGCGAAAUUACCUGAUCCAGAUGGCCAAGGACGACGUGUGUUUGUUCUAUCAUUCCAACUGCAAAAACCCGGGCAUCGUGGGGCUGUGCACUGUGGCCAGCACCGCCAAGCCAGACCGGUCGCAGUUUGACCCGCAGUCGCCCAACUACGACCCCAAGGCCGGCCCGGACCAGCCUCGCUGGUGGUGUCCCGAAAUGGCGUUCCUGUGCCUGCUGAACCGCAAGCUGAGCCUUGCGGAGCUGCGCGAGUCCAAGGGCGUCGAGGACCUGUACCUGCUCAAACGGGGCCGGCUCAGUGUCACGCCCGUGAGCGAAAAGCAGUUCUGGCGGCUCAUGCAGCUGCAGGAGGGCCCCCAGGGCACCGACGCAGAAAUGGACUGCCCCACACAAGGACUACCCAGAUACUCCAAGAACCUGUUAGCAUAG